AUGUCGGCUCUGCUGCUGCUCUGGGUCGUCCUGCUCCGCUGGGUCACCGGCAGGGGCUUCGUCCACGGGGGCAGGAGCUGGCAGCACUGUACAGACCUGCGCCCGCUGGACAUCCUGGCAGAGCUGGUCCCCUCGGGCGGGCCGGCCCGUGGCAUCAGGGUGCUGCAAGCGCAGGGGCUGCGCGGUUUCCAGCUGGCAGCCUCCCAGCCCCGCUCCCUGGCCUUCCCCGCCUCCCGCCUCUUCCUCCACUGCCACCUCUUCCCCGAGGAAUUCUCCAUCAUCGUCACCCUCAGGCUCCUCGGUGUCCCCGCCCAGAGAAACGAGUACAUCUUCACGCUGCUGGCAGAGGAGACCCCCCGCCUGCUGCUGGGGCUGCGCUACGGCCCCGGCAAGCUCCACUUCCUCUUCUGGAGCCAGGAGCGGCUCGGGGGGUGGCAGAGCCGGGUCACCUUCCCCAACGUCACCCUGGCUGACAACCGCUGGCACACGCUCGUCCUGGCCGUCUCCGGCCAGUCCUUCUCCCUGACGGUGGAUUGCAGCGUCCCCAAGGACCUGGUGGUGGAGACACCGUUUCCAGCUUCUCUGUCGGUGAAGAGAGCCAGCUUCUACCUGGGCAACAGGAGGAGGAGGAAAGGGGUGUUCACGGGUUUGCUGAGACAGCUUGUCCUGCUGCCAGGAGCUGAUGCCACCCCUCAGGUAUGCAGCACCAUCAACUUGAAAGCAGCCACGCUCUCCGUCCCCGCUGUCCUCCAGGAUCAACCUACCAGGCCAGGGAGCAACGAGGUGCUGAAAUACCCCUACGAGACUGGCACGAAGGUGACCCUGGGGACCCGUCCACCCUGCACCAAGCAGGAGAAGGCACAGUUCUGGUUCAAUGCCUCCUGGAGAGGGUUGUACCUCUGCAAUGGCAGUGCCUGGAUCUCCAUGCUGGAAGUCAAACAGAGGCUGGACUACGUGGAGGAGUACCAGAACCUGGUGACCAACUCUGAAACCAUGGGUGUUGAGGUCUUCACCAUCCCAAAAGUGGGGCUGUUUGCAGCCACUGCCAACCGGUACAGCCCUCCAGGAUCAGCCAUCUAUAAGUGGACUGAUGGGAAGUUUGUGCCCUACCAGAACAUCCCCACCUACCAAGCUCAGUCCUGGAAGUAUUUCACCAUAGGCAAGAAGAUCUUCCUAGCAGUGGCUAAUUUUGAGCAGAAUGACAGGGGUCAGGAGUUCUCUGUAAUAUACAAGUGGAGCCACAGGAAAGAGAAAUUCAUCCCCUACCAGAGGAUCACCACGCACAGCGCUAGGGACUGGGAGGCCUUUGUCAUUGAGGGAGAGGCUUUCCUCGCCGUGGUCAACCACAGAGAAGGGAACAACCACAACAUAGACAGUGUGAUAUACAAGUGGAAUCCCAGGACAGGCUUGUUUGAAACCAACCAGACCAUCCCUACCUCUGGAGCCUAUGACUGGGAAUUUUUCACCAUCGGGCCAUAUUCCUUCCUGGCUGUGGCUAACACCUUCAAUGGCACGUCCACCAAGAUCUACUCACACAUCUACAUCUGGCUCAGUGGCUCCUUCCAGCUCUUCCAGUCGAUCCUGACUUUUGGUGCUGCUGACUGGGAGGUCUUUCAUAUCGGGGACAGAGUCUUCCUGGCUGUUGCCAACAGCCACAGCUAUGACAGUGGGAUGCCAGCACCCUCCAACUUCUACGCCAUCAACUCCUCCAUCUACGAGCUCAACAUCACUGCCCAGAUGUUUGUCAAAUUCCAGGACCUCCUCACCUACAGUGCCCUGGACUGGGAGUUCUUCUCAGUGGGAGAUGAUUCUUUCCUGGUGGUAGCAAACUCCUUUGAUGGCUUCACCUUCUCCAUUAACAGUAUUAUCUACAGGUGGCAAGGCUAUGAAGGCUUCGUGGCAGCUCAUCACCUCCCCACCCUGGGCUGCAGAGACUGGGAGGCGUUUCACACGGCCGAGGGCUCCUACCUCCUCUACUCCAGUGCCAAGGAGCCUCUUUCCAAGGUGCUCAAGCUGAAAACUACCUGAGGUGGCUGAGACAUGUUCUGCUCCCUGCCAAGCUGGGGGUGAGCUGGGCAUGGAGGUGGAGAUGGACCAUGGAGCCCAGGGACAGCUGCAGCACCAGCCCUGGGGCUGGCUGGUUGUGUUCUCCAGGGGAUGGGGAGGAGGAGAGGAGCUUCAUGGCUCCCUGCAGCCUUGUCCAGGGGGUUGGCAAAGGGGAUGGGACCCUACUUCUGUGCUGUUUCUCCUGGGCAAGCUCUCCUGCCAGGCUCCAGAGCCCUGUCCUACCCUGGGUGCCUGGAGCCCAGGCACUUCCCUGGGACCCUGGCUCUUGGCAGUCUGCAGCCAGGAGGGACCCAGAGGUACUGUUGGAUGCAUCCAGAGCUCCUGCCAAGCCAGGGAAGAAAGAGACUGAGCAGCACGUGUGCUGCCAGGGUGGGUGUGUGGCAGUGGGGACAAAAUGGCAUGUGAGAAAGAGGGGGGGAAAAUGUGGGUUCAGCCUUGGCUCUGGCUGCCCAGGACCCCUCUGGUUUGACAUUCCACACCAUGCUUCAGGUCCACCUUGGGUGGCCUCACCACCCCCUCCUGCUGCCACCUGCUCUCCCACUCCUCUGUGGCCAGUUUUGGUUCCCCCUUGCUGAGUAACAUGUAUCUUGUGCAAAUGAGGCUGGUGACUCCCCAGCAGACCUGCUGGGCACUGGGACCAGUCCAGCUCCUGUGGGCCUGGGACAGACCCCAAACUGCUCCAGGUGUGACACUG